AGUGGCCAACCCAUAAAUGCAAAACCACCCGAAAGUGCGGCUUAAAAUUUAUUGAAAUUGAUUUAGCAUUAGCGGUUUACUCUCUCGCUCUCCUUCUCGACGUACCUACCGUCGACAGAGAAAUAAAAGUCAUGCCAGCGGCCGCCGGUUCUGCAGUCCCGACGUCCAUCGCGACUCGCGCGUCGAGCAGUACCGCUGGGAAUAAGGACCCGCUAAAGCGAUAUGAGAGACCAGGCUUGCUACUUGAAGAGAUAGAAGAGAUGAAAGAAGCGUUUGACCUUUUCGACCUUGACAACUCAGGGCGAGUGGCACCCCGAGACUUGUGCUUGGCAAUACAGAAUUUAGGGUACUAUCCACUCGAAUUCUAGUUAUUCUGCAAACAAGAGAUUUCCAGUAGACUACCUGGAUUAGACAACAAGUUGUUCUUCGGGCUGCUUCCGUAAUACGAGAUACGACUGCAACAUCAACACAAGCAGAAUUAGUUUUUUCUUUUUCUUGUCAGGCCAUGGCCAACCUCAACUUCACUUGCUGCAGUACUUUUUUGCAGUGCAGCAGCAGCACUGUCAGUUUCACCUCCACAACCAUCACUAUCGCCAUUGUCAUCAUCCAUCGCGUAUCCUGGUUCCUCAAACAUCGAUCAUCAGGCUGGAGAACAAGAAUACGGUGAUCCAGCAGAUACUAAAGGACUUGGAUAAACUGCAGAAUUCCAUAGAGUUCGCGGACUUUAUAGAUCUCUUCUCUGCCAAGAUGGGCGAUAAAGACACAAGGCAAGACAUAGCCAAGGUAACUAUGUACUUUUACGUUUCUAUGAUAUUUCAUUUCAUCUAUAUCUAAAAAAUGAUUUUUCGAGAUCAUCCCGCCCGAGUUUGAGUAUGAUCAACAUCAUCAUUUUCUCCCUGAAAAAAAUCAUGAUCAUCGUCGGUCGCCGUCGACAUGAGAAUGAGUACAACUUCUUCUCGACAAGACCAGGUUUUCCGGUUAUUCGAUGAAGAGCAUACAGGUUAUAUUAGUGUGAAAAAUCUAGCGAGAGUCGCGGCUGAGCUUGGGGAAGCAUUAUCACCAGAGGAGCUCAACGAAAUGGUAUUGCGGGCGGAUUCAAGUCACCAGGGAAGAGUCAGUCUUGAUGAUUUCUACAAUCUAAUGGUGCAUCGCUCCUUUCCGUAGCACACAUUAGCGUCGUAACCGCAGGUUUUCCCAUAAUUUUGAAAUAGACGAACAUGUUUGACACUCACGACAAGGACAAAUUACAGAAGAUAUAACGCAAAAUGAAAAUCGUGCGUCUCGCCUUUGUCUGUCUAGGAGGACGAACUACACGCCCUAUGAGUGACCUAUUAAUUAUGCCAAUUUGCUACACUGAGCAACAAGAUCGAGAGCUCAGUCAAUGAAAGAUGUUUCAUGAACCCUUUUCAGAUGAUAAUUUUCUUGAGACGAGAGAGGUACCGGACGUAAGUAACCGAGAGAACCGAGAAGAAACUCCAUAAGUACUCCCAUUUUUUGGGGAAGAAGGUGAAGGUUACUUAUUUUACGAGAAAUGAGGGAAACGCAUACGCAUCCAGGAGCUCACACUUCCCUCUGAUGUUUUGAACCUUUCCCCUCCCAUACUCAUGCCUGUUAAGGAGUUUUCAUCUUUAUCCAACUUGUUGUUUCUCG